AAACCAAGAAAGAAUGUGGACAAAUGUGGAAUAAGCCUUGCUGCUAGCCCCUGGGCCGGGAGGUUUAAGCAGAUGCUGAGCUGUGGAUAAACUGAGAGCGGGAGAAACUGCAUUUGGAGCUGGAGUACAGUACUGACAUAAUAUUCAGUAACUGAGCUGAGCAGAAAAGUAAUGGCUUCAAAUUUUAAUGACAUUGUCAAGCAGGGAUAUGUGAAGAUUCGUAGCAGACGCUUAGGGAUUUAUCAGCGAUGCUGGCUCGUGUUGAAGAAGGCCUCCAGCAAAGGCCCAAAGCGAUUGGAGAAGUUUUCCGAUGAACGAGCUGCAUAUUUCAGAUGCUAUCACAAGGUUACAGACCUCAGUAAUAUAAAGAAUGUGACAAGGCUACCAAAGGGCACUAAGAGGCAUGCUGUACUCAUCAUCUUCAGUGAUGAUACUUCAAAAACCUUUGCAUGUGAGUCAGAGCUUGAGGCUGAGGAAUGGUGCAAGCUCCUGCGCAUGGAGUGUCUGGGAAGCAGACUCAAUGACAUUACCCUUGGAGAACCUGAUUUGUUGACAGCUGGUGUUCAGAGAGAACAAACAGAGAGGUUCAAUGUCUAUUUAAUGCCAUCUCCUAAUCUGGAUGUACAUGGAGAAUGCACAUUACAAAUAACGUAUGAGAAUAUCUGUCUUUGGGAUAUCCACAACCCCAGACUAAAACUGGUCUCGUGGCCUCUCAGUGCACUCAGACGAUAUGGGCGGGACCCUACUUGGUUCACAUUUGAAGCUGGCAGAAUGUGUGACACAGGUGAAGGAUUAUUCACCUUCCAAACAAGAGAAGGUGAAGCAAUUUACCAGAAAGUGCAUUCUGCGGCACUGGCCAUCGCAGAACAACACGAGCAGAUGCUACAGAGGGAGAAAAAUUCACGGCAUCAGAUCAAAGGAAAUGAAAGAACGGCCUCAUUGGGUACAAUAAUGCCUCUUCCUCGGAGUGCCUACUGGCAACACAUUGCAAGACAACAUAGUGUAAACCAACUCCAUAUCUUUGAAGAUGAUUCGUAUCCACUGAGGAUUCCUCGUGCAGAAACCAUCCCCAGUUACAGCUCACAGCACUGACAAAUACUUCCCAAAACUGGAACAUUUUCAAUGGCUCUGCUUCAGACUGUGACACUGAACUUGCUCGACGAAGCAACGAAACAUGCAAGAGGAAUAUGGAACGAAAUGGACCGGGGCUUGAAGGAUAUUUACAGCCUCUUUUCUUUUACAAAUUCACACUUCCUCUUUAAGAGUUGGAGUAACUCAAAGGGGAAGGAGGAUUGAAGACAAUGAAUAGAAAGGGAGGUUUGCUUUUUCUAAAGAUUUUGAGCUUGUGUUCCAAAAAGUACAGCAUCAUUUCCAACCAUGACAAUCAAGUAUUUUUGUUAAACAUGAAGAUUCAAGACUGUGCUGACCAGCAUCACAAAGAUCCUUAUUUUUAAAGUAACAAUGCAUUCAUCACCUGCCAUUAAAUCAUGGCACUGUACAGACAUGUGGUUGGAUAUUGUGGUGCUGCCUACAGAGGAUUACAGAUACAAUUGUUUCGCUAACACAGGUUUAUUUUUAGGCUUUAGUUAGAUAAAACAUAUAAUCUUGUGCUUUUCCACGUGUGUCUAAGGUCCACAAACUAAUUGGCAUUACAAUGCUAUUGUUUUGACAGCAGUUUAAUUACUUUUGGAACACAAUUGCCAAUCCAGUAUUGAAAACUCACUCAGAAGAACAAUUCCUGAGGUUCAAGAUUUUGCAAAGUGAAAUUUUAGUGAAGAAUGUUUGAUAGCUUUUUAUGCAUUAGGUCAUAGUCUUCAGUGGUUUGAAGAAAAUUGCUCUGGACUUGGACUAUGUCUACCACUUAAUGUCUUUAAAUAUCGGUCACUAGCAUGACAUGGGGUAGACAAGACUUAGUGGUCUCAAUAAUUCUAAAUAUUAACACUAGAAUAAACAGAAUGGAAGUUCUAAAUGUAGCACCCAAACUGAGUGAGCUUUCUGAACCAUGGGAAAUCAAAAAUUUAAAAAAGUUUGUUUCAUGAAGAACAUAAAGGGAACAAAGGAAUAACAAGUGGAAUUGUAUGCUGCUAAAGUUAAAAGAGCUGCAAAAAUUGAUGUUCUGAAAUUUAAAAGACAAAAAUAUUCAGUUCAGUCAACAUCUGAAAGUAUAAUGCUUGGGUUGGAGUUAUUGUUCGCACUGGGUUGCUGCAGUGAAACUAGAACAGUAUUUAUAUUGAAAUAUCCAGCAAGUCCAUAGAAGCAACUGAAAAUAAUCAAUCUAAUUUUAGUUGAAUCAGCCCCAUUAUCGGUAGGCUAGCCCUGCAAACUGGAGCCAAUUCAGAUUGGGCACCCAAUUUACAUUAAUCAAUUUUACAUACGAAUCAUUUCAAAAGAGGAUUAAAUGCAGGCAAGAUCUAAUUGCGCACUGACUUGAAGAUCUGAAUAAUAUGUU